UCUUUGACCCUUUCUUCCAUUGUUGAUCUCUUCUUCCUUCCUUCUCCGUCUUCUCUAUUGCUUGCUUCUGGGGUUUCGAUUUCCUUCUCUUCGUCACUGUAUAUGGGCGACGCGAAACCGGGGAUCGUGAUGGCCAACAGAGAUCGGGAGCUUCUGAUCCCAGUUGCUCACUCCGGCGAAGAUGAUCACGAUUCUACUCCCAAACCCUCUCCUUCCUCCUCUUCCUCUUCUUCUCAGGAGACGUUUUACAAGUUGAUAAGAAGCUGGGCGUCAAAGAAGUUCAUGACUGGAUGUGUUAUCUUGCUUCCAAUGGCGAUCACUUUCUAUGUGACUUGGUGGUUUAUUCAUUUCGUUGAUGGGUUCUUCUCCCCUAUUUAUGCUCAACUCGGAAUCGAUAUCUUUGGGCUUGGCUUUAUCACGUCUAUUACAUUCAUCUUCUUGGUUGGAGUGUUCAUGUCAUCAUGGUUAGGGACUUCGGUUCUCAAUUUGGGAGAGUGGUUUAUCAAGCGGAUGCCGUUUGUUCGCCACAUCUACAAUGCCUCCAAGCAAAUCAGUACUGCCAUUUCACCAGAUCAAAACACUCAGGCUUUCAAAGAAGUAGCCAUUAUAAGGCAUCCACGUAUUGGUGAGUACGCCAUUGGGUUCAUCACAUCGACCGUUGUUCUACAGACUUACACGGAUGAAGAGGAGCUUUGCUGUGUCUAUGUGCCUACAAAUCACCUUUACAUUGGGGAUGUGUUCCUUGUAAAUACGAAGGACGUGAUCAGACCAAACCUCUCAGUAAGGGAAGGCAUAGAGAUCGUAGUGUCAGGAGGAAUGUCAAUGCCGCAAGUUCUGUCAACACUUGACAUGAGAAUUGCUCCAGAAAGAAGUAGAAGUAGUAGAGUUGAAAGAAGCUGAAGAUUAGUCCUUUCCCAAAAAGAAAACAGAUUCUCAAAUCUUUAUUUUUCCAUGUCUUUUCUGUUGGAUUCAGUUAAUUUCACAUGUGAAGUUCAAGCAUUAGAAAAGUAAUCGUGUCCUAGAAGUGGUUUGUUCUCGAGACUAUCUCCGUUUGUGUUAGUACUGUUUGUGUCUAUAUACUAGAUUCUCUUACUCUCAAGUAAACUGUACCGAUAUAUUCAUCUAGGUCCAUCCCAUUUUACUACAGUUUGUUUUACGAAGGUCGUAUGUAUUACAACAGCAUUUACAGGA